GUCUUCGAAGCAAUGAAGAAGCUCACCUUCACUUCCGAGCUGUCGGCAACGCAGAUGGUGUCGAAGGAAGGUGAGACUAUCGACUUCGUCUCACCAGUUCACACCUCUGGGAAGAAUGUGGAGACUUGGAUGACGGAAGUUGAGAACCAGAUGCUCGCGGCCGUGCGAGAGGUGAUCAAGAUUGGCGUCGAGAGCUACAUCGAGCUCGACCGUACCGAGUGGGUCCUGCAGCAGCCCGGCCAGGUCUGCCUGAACUCCAGCCAGGUCCAUUGGACUGCAGAAGUGGAGGAAGCCAUCGGCCAGGCUGCCUUGUCCGGGUACUUCGAGAAGCUGUCGGACCAGCUCAUGGGCCUCGUCCGCUUGGUUCGCGGCGACAUAUCAAAGCUCCAGCGCAUGAGCAUUGGUGCACUCAUCGUCAUCGACGUGCAUGCCAAGGACACCGUGGAAAAGAUGGCCAAAGACAACAUUACGGACGUCUUCUCCUUCGAGUGGAUCUCACAGCUGCGCUACUACUGGGAGGUGUCGGGCAAAGCAUGUUACGAGUACCUGGGAAACUCCUUCCGCCUGGUGAUCACACCACUCACGGACAUGUGCUACAUGACUCUGAUGGGAGCGCAGAGCCUGAACCUGGGUGGGGCGCCAGCUGGUCCCGCAGGCACCCUUCGGAAAGCCCUGCGCACGUGGGCAGGUGUGCUCAAAUGUCACAAAUAUGCCAAAAUUGUAGCCAUAAAUGGAGGCAUGAACACAGGCACAUGUCGCAGCUACAGCAAUAUACUGACAUGCUGCAUCAGCACGGGGACGUCUAAGCAAAAGUAG